CGCACUCCGUCUCCAGCCCCCACAGGCAGCGCUUUUUACGCACAUGGAUAUUUGACUCCUCAGUCCUCGGCAUGAUGUCAAACGUCAGAAAUCCGCGUUAUUCUAUAGGAACAAGCUGUGUGUGAUUCAUUUGUCAGUUUGUUUCUCCUUGGAAACAUGAAAUGACCAACUCAUUGAUGGUUUCAGCGGAGUUUGCUUAGACUUUAUUUUCCCAUUCCUUCAGAUACUUCAUCUCUCUAAGAGGGAUUUAUAACAGGGUUUACUUGAACAUCUUCGGUAUCUGAUGAUAUAAAUCUAUGUCAGGGGUAAAUCAAAAGGAGAUGAUGGCUUUAUCGUUGUUUUACGCGCUAUGCAUGUGGAUAAGUUUAGUCUGUCCUACGCUGGGAACAGGGUUUGUUUAUCACUUUCCGGGAAUCACACUGCAGCGGCAGCGCAUCAAGUCGGAACAAAGCGGCAACACUGGACCGCCAGGUACCGGAACCAGUACCCAACUCAGGAACUGGUGUCAGUAUACUGUUUCCAGAACAGUGACCUGUCAGGUGCACAAUGGGACACAAACCACUGUGCAGAGAGUGUUACAGGGCUGCCGGUGGCCGGGACCUUGUUCCAAGGUCAUCAGCUACAGGACGGUGAUCAGGCCAUCCUUCAAAGUUGCCUACAAGCAGGUGACUGCACUGGAGUGGAGAUGCUGCCCAGGGUUUGUGGGAGAAGACUGUCGUGAAGAAUGUUUGAACUGUACCAGUUUCACAGACAUGAACAGCAGAAUAAAUGCCAUUGAAUCAAAGAUCCAGCUGUUAGAGGAGGAACGUUUAACCCUGCCAGUCAGCAGUUCACCAGAGGGCUCAACGGACAACGAGGUGGACAGACCCCAACCCACUCCCAUCGGACCUCCAUCUCACCUGCCACCAGGAGGCAGAGGACUCCCGGGGCCCAUCGGACCACCAGGGCCUCCAGGUUUUGCAGGACCCCCAGGUCUGGCUGGCAGAGCAGGCCUCUCUGGACCCAUCGGACCAAAAGGUGACAGAGGUCAGGCGGGCGUUAUCGGUCUCCGCGGCCCUCCGGGUCCUCCGGGGCCGAGCUCCACUCCUGUGCGAUUGCGUGGUGACGUUUUUCACGUGGACAAUCAAGAGACCUCCGGCCGUCCUACUCUCCCUGUUCCUCAGAUCGUAGUCGGGCCUCAGGGUCCAGCUGGUCCUGUCGGCCCCUCAGGCCCUCCAGGACUGAGAGGACCUGUAGGGAUACCAGGCCUGCCGGGACAAGAUGGAAAAGAAGGGCUCCAAGGAAGGCAUGGGGAUUCUGGACCUAAAGGAGAUCCAGGGAUAAGGGGGCCUUCAGGAGUGUCAGGCGAGCUUGGCCGACCUGGAACACCAGGGCCAAAAGGAGAGCCAGGAGAGGGUUUGAGGGAGGGUGAGGCCAUGCAACAGCUCAGGGAGGCCCUGAAGAUCCUGGCUGAGAGGGUCCUGAUCCUGGAGCACAUGAUAGGCGUUCAUGAGAACUCUGAAGGAUCUGGGUUCGGCAGCAUUUCCGACCCCCUGUCUUUCUCAGCUAUUAAGACAAAGCGCCUUCAGCCGGAGCAAACCCCUCUUCGGGCUCCAGCACCGGGGGAGAGACAAAGAAGAACUCCUCUUUAAGAGUAUAUUCUAAUUGUGUACGUAUGUGUAUAAUUGUGAUGGAUGUGGCCAUUUUUUCUUGACUGGAACGCAGAGUUUUUGUUUAUACCAUGUUUCUUAUAUUAUCACAGUUUAUUGUCCCAUUAUUGCAUCUUUACAGCUGUAAAAACAGAGAGAUGUUGAGCAUUUCAUCAACAUGAAAGGUUUUAUUGAGCCUUGUUGACCCUAUUGCUGCAUGAUCUUCUAAUCUACUUAACCUUAGCAGUAUCACUUGUUCAAAUGUCAUACAAUAAAAUGUUAUUUCAUAAAAUGUUAUGAUGGUUUUGGCAUAUCUCUUUCCUCAGAUAAAAGACCGUCUAGUAAACGCAUCACUUUCCUUGGCUGAUGUUGCAAAGCGCAGCCGGAGGGGCUGCGCUUUGAGUUCCCGAGAGCUGGACCGAAAAUAUACUAUUUAGUGUCAAACACAUUUUUGGAGCAACCUCCGGGUUCAUCUUGUGUUAGCCUGUCAAACCUAUUUCUUCCUUUCUCUUAUUUCUGUCUCUGUCUAGUUGCUCUGCCUUGUUAAAACUGAGGUAAUACACAACAGACUGCCAAGGAUAUCUGCUUAAAAUAAAGUUAGGCAAAAUGAAUAGCAUCUGGAGAGCGCACAUCUGGAAAUCAAACGCAGGAGUUGCUGAAACCGCAAACCCUGCUCGGCUCCAGUGCUGCUGACUCACUGAUGGAGCACUAAACAGGAUGACUUUGACUUCUUCAUAAACUGCCUCUGAGAUUUGUUUCCUAGCUGAUAUGAUUAUUGUAUAACAAGUCUCUCAGACACCAAGCCAUACGUCUCUGAACAAAGCUUUGACCAUGCAUGAUACAAUGUUUGUUUUCUUCAUGACUUUUGUUUUAAAUGUUAAAGAAAUAAUUUGACAUUUUAUAGAGUUGGAUACGAAGUUUGAUACCACUGUCAUGUAUGUGUGCUGCACAUAAAAGUGGAGCUAAUUAGCUUAGCUUAGCAAACAAACUGAUAACAUGAGGAAACAGCUAGCCUAUCUGAAAUUAUGAGCAGCCGAGUAGGAAAAAAAACAAAUUUGAAGAUUUGGGAAAUUUCUGAAAGCAACAAUAUCUCCCAGCUGGUGAAAAGAAUGUGAAAAUGGCUCUAUAACCGGCCAAAUAAAAUCCAAUACUAAACUAUAUUUAGCUCAUUUUAAAGGAGUUUUAAACCCUAUGUUCAUUUACUUCUUGAUAAACUGCUAAAACUGUGUCACACAGAUGUUUAUCUAAAGUGACAUGUUUAUCAGUGGUGAAAACCCCUCCAAACAGGAGGUUUUUGAUUGGCUUAGACCGAGCCAGGCUAGCUGUAUACUCUUUAUGCUAAGCUUAGAUCACACACUGCUUCUUUUACCAUACAGACAUGAGAGUGGUUUCCAUGUUCCGCCUUUACUCUCAGCAAGAAAGUCAAACAAAAGGUUGUACUUUACGUUUAACUGUCAUUAACAGAAAAAGGAUGGAGCUGUCUGUGUUGUUUUCGAUAACUUAUAUUUUGUAAGUAUUUUUAAGUAAGUCUACUGUCUUUGAGACUGUUGUGUCUGGGGCGUGUUUCAUUAUCUUAAACAAUGUUCAGGUGUGCUUUGUUGUUUAAUUUGCAAGAGACCAUGCUCAGCAGAUCUGUGUUCAUUAUUGAAGAAAGAUUAAAGUCACAACAACAAAGGCA